AGUUGCUCAGUAUUUCCAUGAUCUGCCAUUUCCAUUUUCUAAGUACGUUAGAAAGGAUAUUAAGUUUUGCAAAGAGAAAUUUUGUGCAUCAAAAUGUAUUUACUUGGUGUGAUUGUUUUGUUUAUUGUAAAUGCCAUCAAUGGAGCUUCCAUUGAACCUAUCUGCUCCAAAUUUUCAUAUGAAGAACAGCUUCUAGAAAAGAUGGUUCGUCUGGAAUUCUUUGCGGAAAAUAUGCAAAAGGAUGUUAAAACUAGCUUAACGGACAGUAAAAAUGAAAUAAACGGAAUGAUUGACAAACAGUUGGAAAUGUCUAAAAAUAUGACGGACUUUUCAGCAAGUAUGACAAGUUUUGGACGUCAGUUCGGGGAAUUAAAGGAAAAUGUAACAAUCAAAACUGAGGCAACUCUAAAAGGAACUUCUGAGAAAGUAGAGGUGGAAAUCGAAGAAUUGAGGACAAAUAUAACGUUAACAAACGAUAAAGUUCUAAAAGGGAUUGUCGAAGAAGCGAAAAAACAAGAGCAGAAGUUUGAAGAAUUCAGGACAAUUAUAACGUUAACAAACGAUAAAGCUCUAAAGGGGAUAGUCGAAGAAACGAAAAAUCAGGAGCAGAAGUUUGAAGAAUUCAGGAAAAAUAUGACGCUCAUAAAUGAUAAAGUUCUAAAGGAGAUAGUCGAAGAAACGAAAAAACAUGAACAGACGAUUGAAGGAAUCAAAACAAAUAUAAUAAACUCAAAUCAGAAAUUUCAGACGGAAACAACCGAGGAAGUGAAGAAACUUUCUGAGAAGAUUAAAGAAGUCCAAAAAAGUGUGACUGAUGUGCAGAAACAAAACUUGAAAGAGAUGGAAGAAUUGUUCAACAAGAAACACCCACUCGUGGCAUUCAAUGUGUAUGCAAUAGCCAAAGAUUACCCCGGGUCCAAAGUUAUGUUUAAGAACAUUCGUCUAAAUGAAGGAGGUGGGUUCAGUACAACAACGAGCAUGUUUACCGCUCCGGUAUCAGGACUCUACCAGUUUAAUGCUCAUAUCUGUUUCGAGAAAGGCAGUGAACUGAACUAUUACAUAUACAUAGGGGGCAUUUAUUAUGCAAGAGGAGAAUAUGUGGUUCCGGGUGCUGCUUCGGAUGGAAAAUGUAUGUCCAUUAGCACUGUGGCGCGUGUACAAAAAUCGCAAACAGCUCACGUCGCAGGAAUACCAUCUAGUUAUAUAUUUGAAAAUGUUGAUGACAUUAACUCGUUCUCCGGUGUUCUUAUCCGUGCAGUUUGAUGUUUUAAAUUAAGAAGCUUUACCUUUGUCCAGAUUUUGUGACAGACUAUUUGAUAAUAUUCUUUGGAUAUUGAGUCAUACAAUGUACUUUUUGUUACAUUGUGCAUUUGUUUGCUUAUUUGUUGUUUCCUAUUAUUCGAAUAAAGUUGACAUGACGGUUUUUUCCGUCAAAUCGCCAAAAUGUUACUUUUUGUGUAACCACUUUUUCAUUUGAUAUUACAAAUCCAUUGAGUAUAGAUGUAAAUGUGCAAUGCAAGUUGUUAACCUUCUGUUUAACUAUUGAUAUCAUCAGCUUUAUUAAUGAAGGAAAUCAUGGUAAUAACAAAUUUUCUAGGAAGACAGAUGGAGACAUUUUAAUUUUAUGAGUUCUAUUUCUUCAGUUUACCUUCAUUCUUAAAGGCGUCUUCUUCAUGAAACUAUCCACGGGGUACUGUAAGUUUAUUGACUUGCUAAGAAACUUAUCAAUUUGUUAUUUUGCGAAAUAAGAUUUCUACUAGUAUUUAUCAAAGUUGUUAUAAUAUACAUCCAUGGCUAAUUGAACUGUGCUUUAUAAAUGAUAAGAAGAAAUAGUUUUGUGAUUUAUGCUGUAAUAUCAUAAUUGUAUAUACGUACGCUCGUAUAUUGUUUACUAAUAUUUUACUUGUUACUAAACACAUAUAUUAAUAUUGAGAUUAAAUGUGUGAAAUAAAUGAA